AUUUGCGAUAAAUUCGGCGCUUCGGCAUUCGAAAGGGUUGUCUCUGAAGAAGUUUGCUUUUGCUUUGGUCACCGUCUUCAACUUGCUUUCUGCGAGCUCCAUCUCUGAUACCGCAAGAACAAGAACUCCGACGACCCUCGUCUUCGGCGCCUGUGCUGUUACAUGGGUUCUUCUUCCUGGAUUACUUCGUCUUUGGACCUCAGCAUGAGGCCUUUGCAAGGCCCAGAUCGAGCUCCGACCAACGUGGUGGAGUGCGACUUCAUGGAGUUGGGAAGGACUUGUUCAGGGAUCGAAGAUCAGAGUGGUGCUUUAGUGGAGGAACUGAAUCGGCUGGCUGCUGAAAACAAGAAGCUCACUCAAAUGCUGAUGACGGUGUGUGAGAACUACAAUGCCUUGAGAAACCAGGUGAUUGGAAUUAUGAGCAAGAAUGCUGAGAGGGAGAUCAGCCCGUCAUCCAAGAAAAGAAAGUCCGAGAGCAGCGCUGACGACAGUGGCAAUGAGAUAGUAGUUAAUAAAGCCUCGGAGAGCAGCUCGACGGAUGAUGAUGAUUUGUGCAAGAAACCAAGGGAAGAAACAAUCAAGGCGAAGAUCACGAGGGUUUAUUAUAGGACCAAAGCAUCGGAUACCAGCCUUAUUGUGAAGGAUGGACACCAGUGGAGAAAGUAUGGACAAAAGAUCACCAGGGACAACCCUUGUCCCAGAGCCUACUUCAAAUGCGCUCACGCUCCAAGCUGCCCUGUCAAGAAGAAGGUGCAAAGAAGUGCCGAAGACCAAUCGGUCAUAGUCGCGACUUAUGAAGGCGAGCACAACCAUCCAAGUUCAUCUCUACUUGAGGCAACAUGUGGCUCAAAUGCCCGUGCUACUCUUGGUUCAGUUCCCCACUCGGCCUCUCUUAGUUCAUCUGGACCAACUGUAACUCUCGACUUGAUGAAACCCGAGCUGGAAACCGAUGUCAAAAUUUCGCAACCGAAAGUAGAUUCACCAGAACUGAGGCAGUUUCUGAUAGAACAGAUGGCAUCUUCCUUGACAAAAGACCCGAGCUUUACGACCGCUCUCGCCGCAGCUAUAUCGGGGAAAAUCGUCGGCCCAUAUCCAACUGAAAGAUGUUUAUAAAAUGGCGAGACCGGGAUGAUUUUCUCAUUGUUUCUCCGAAGGAAUUCCAGGAUGUGUCCGUACAUACAACAGUAGGAGGGAAAAAGCCAACAGGAAAAAGUCUCAAGCUUCAGCUUCUGUCCAACUUGACCAUUGACUGCUGCUUGGGUUGAACAUUACAAGUGGGAAAUAGUUGAAGUUGUAAUUCAGAACAGAAGUCGAUUGGUUCUCGCCAUUGUUGUUGGAUGUUGAAUUUCCAAUUCGGCGGACAUACUAUUCAUCACGAGGAGGAUUGUAACUUGAAAGCAACCACUUCGUGUACGACCUUUUGACAUUUUUCUAAUAUAUUUGGCUAAGCGUACCUCUUUGACA